GAACGCAAUAUUUACUUUAGAGCCCGCCACGUGCCGGGGGUGGAUAAUAGGAUUGCUGAUGCCCUCUCUCGGUUCCGUUGGCAGGUUUUUCGGGACCUUCUUCCGGAGGUGGAAAUGGAUGGACUGGCGUGCCCGGAUUUCCUGUGGCGUCUAGUGCUCAACAAUUAAUGACGUUGGUCAGCUCUUCGGUGACUCCGGCCACGUGGCAGGCGCAUGAAGUCGGUCGUCCGGUGAUCUGGUUGGUUGGACAUUCAUACAUCUUCUGGGCAGCGCAGAGGGCUGAAUGCAGGCCUGGAGGUCGCAUCCUGGGAUUCAGGGAAGUGGAGGUGCACUGGAGGGGGCUUCGGGGGCUGAGAUGGUCACAAGUGUUACCGGAGGUGGUGGAGAUUGGACGUAGAUCGGUGGGGCCAGUGAUACUGGUCUUACAUGAGGGUGGGAAUGACCUGUGUUCCCUGAGGAUGUUGGAAUUAAUGGCGUUGAUGAGGUCUGAUUUGGAGCGCUUCCCUGCGUUCUUCCCGGAGCUAGUUAUAGUGUGGUCAGAAGUAGUGCCAAGAGUAGUUUGGCAUGGCGCCAGGGACGGGGAGGCUAUGGAGAAGUGCAGGAGGACAUUGAAUGCCCGAAUGUCCCGCUUUGUGCGUUCUAAGGGAGGGGUGGUUGUCCAGCAUUGGCAGUUAGAGGGCGAUAAUAGAUCUUUGAUGAGGCCAGACGGUGUGCACCUCACAGAGAUUGGUCUGGAUAUCCUUUUGUCCGGUUUACAGGAUGGCAUCGAACAGGCUUUUAGUUUGCUGGGUGGUGGUCGGAGCCCCGUUUGAGAUACAGUCCUCCUCCGUGGCGGCAUUUGAAAAUGAAAGUUCGUGGUGAAGAGUUAUUGGCGUACGUACACCCUGGGGACCCAGGGUGGUAUACCGCAUCGGAGGAAUGGUUCGUGGAGGAGGUGGUGUUUUGAUACCGUUUUGUUAAAGGAAAAAUUUGCUGUGGCCAAUCAUCACCCAGUAAAGGAUUGGUUCAUAAAACUAAGUUGUCUGAGUUUUUAUUUGGUUUAAGUUUGAGGGGGCCGGUGGGGUCUCCUUCCCCC